AUGAAUAACAACCUGCCUGCCACCGAUCUCAAUCUCAACAUCAAUUUCAUGCUAUCGGCAUACCACAUGAAGGUCAAACUGCUCGCCGCGUGGGCUGCUUUAGCCAGCUAUGCCCUGGCCAAACAGCCAAACAUCCUCUUCAUCAUCACCGAUGAUCAGGAUGGACACAUGGGCUCGGUCGAGCACAUGCCUCUUCUCAAGAAACACCUAAUCGACAAGGGAACCUCCUAUGAGAAUCACUUCUGCACCAUCGCAAUCUGCUGUCCCUCGAGAGUAAACCUCUGGACCGGAAGAGCAGCUCACAAUACCAAUGUCACUGACGUUGGACCGCCAUAUGGAGGCUACCCCAAGAUCGUCAAGGAGGGCAUCAAUGACGACUACCUCCCUGUGUGGAUGCAAGCUGCGGGUUACAACACUUACUACACUGGAAAACUCUGGAAUGCCCAUACCAUCAACAACUACAAUCAGCCUUUUGUCAAGGGCUACAAUGGUUCCGACUUCUUGCUCGACCCUUUCACUUACGAUUACUGGCAUGCCAGGAUGUCGAGAAAUGGUGGCACGCCAAAGGACUACUCGGGUCAAUACUCGCCUGAUGUUGUGGCUGACAAGGCGUAUGGUUUUCUUGAAGAGGCCAUUGAAGACGAUGCUCCUUGGUUUGUCACUGUUGCCCCCAUCGCCCCUCACAGCAAUAUUCCGAGUGGAGCAAGCUGGAUAGCGCAACUACCUAGACUCAACGACACAAUGGUCGACUACAACGACGAGUUUCAACGUGCCAGACUACGCGCACUACAAUCCGUUGAUGAGAUGAUUGAGCGUCUCGUCAACCUGCUAGACUCCAAAGGCGUUCUCGACGAUACCUACAUCUUCUUCACCACCGACAAUGGCUUCCACGCUAGUCAGCAUCGCAUGCAUCCCGGCAAAGAGUGCGGCUACGACACCGACAUCCACAUCCCAUUAGUCAUCCGCGGACCAGGCAUUCCCGUAGGCGCAACCACAAACAUCGUGACUUCCCACACCGACAUGGCACCCACUCUCCUCUCCCUCGCCAACGCCACUCGCCCCAACUUUGACGGCCUCGCGAUCCCUCUACUUUCCACCAACAACAGCACCCGCGGUGAACACGUCAACGUCGAAUUCUGGGGCAUUGGACUCCCAGAAGGCAAAUUCGGUAUCGCAGAACCGCUAGGCGGGUUGUCCUACCCGAAUAACACCUACAAAGCUUUGCGUCUGGUCAGCGGCAACUAUAGUAUCUAUUACUCAGUCUGGUGCACCAAUGAACACGAAUUCUACGAUCUGCAUACCGAUGCAGCUCAAAUGCACAACUUCUUCGCUGAUCCAAAGUUAACCAAGGACUUUUCUCUUGCGGGAAGGUCGUGGCAGCAAGUUAUCUAUCGACUCGAUGCUCUGUUGUUGGUGCUCAAAACCUGCAAGGGCCAAACUUGCAUAAACCCUUGGGCCUCUCUUCAUCCCUCUGGCAGCGUGGAAACGCUACUCGAAGCUCUGAAUCCAGAAUUCGACGCCUUCUACCAAAAGUAUCCUAAAGUGGGUUUUUCGUCUUGCGAAUUGGGCUACAUUCCCAGUGCAGAAGGAAAUGUCGAGAAUAUCGAGUUUUCUGCAGGUGUGGAGUGGAUGACUGCAGCAGAGCAACCCGUAGCAAAUGGUCAGGAGCCUUUUGUCUACAGAGGUAGCUGGAGCGAUUGGGUGUAG